UAAUGAAACAAUCACAUAUGCAACACAAAAGUUGGUUAUAAUUGUAGAGAUUUGAAGAGUAUGAAAUAAAUAAAAAAAAAUACCUUGAAAAGGAAUAAGAAAUGAAAUUCAAGAGUUAAGAUUAAUAAACUUAAUAAAAGUAAAUUAAUUGGAUUGGAGACAUACAUGAAAGAUAAACUUUAUUGUAAAAGGCAAAAUGGAAGUGGAUAGAAGAAUAGAAGAAACGAUUAGAUUGGAAAAGAGAGAUGGAUCAAUUGGAUGGAGCUACAUUUCAUCCAUAAAUAUUAAAUAAAGAUUAAAAAAUACGUACUCCAGAUUAAUUUUAUAAAGAUAAUAUAGACUACAAAAAUAAAACUGUAUAAAUAAUACAUAUAAUAUGUAGGAAAAAUAAAUAUAAUAAUUAAUUAAGUAAAAAGAAGACUCAAUUAAUAACAGAAGUUGUUCUCCUAAAAUAAACAAAAAAUCUGUAUAGAUGGUAGUACAACCUUUUUAUGAUAGAUUAAAAGAUAAAUAGUUAGAGAAAGAAUAGAAUUUAUUAAAAAUUAAAAAAAGUAUAACACCUUCAUUUAGUCCAUAAAUUUAUUCUCGUAAUUUUUAAAGUCGUCAAACAUAUCAAACUGUUUAAUAAUUUGCUAAUUAGAAUUCAACUAAAAAUAAAACAUUUGAAAUUGAUUUAGAAAAUGUCAAAAAUGAUUAUAAGACUUUUACAUUUUUUGAAGACAUAAGAAGAUCUUAAUAUUCUUCAUCUGAAAACAAUUAAUAAAAUGAACUUAAUAUAACCAAAAAUUUGCUUUUAUUAACUGAGAACAGUUAGAUAUUAAAUGCUUAAUAGAGUCCAUAAUAAUGUACAGUCAAAAAGUAAUAGAGAUCUGUAAGUCCUUUAAAAUCAAUUAUGUCCAAAACAACCUAAAAGAAUUACUUUAAAAAAUGA